UUGUUAACGUGAUCAACUAGCGUCUGGGAUAUGUCUACUGGAGGUGGGCAGACAGUUAGGUAAGACGGCCAUCAGGUUGAUAAAGACUAUGAUGCAUUUGACAAAGGAGCAGGUUUUGCAGUGUACAUGUAUAUGCCUAGUUUGUCUCGCGUGUGCGCGGGCUCAGGUAACCCUGGCAACCACGCCUAAACACCCUGCAGAAGGGCAGUGUGAAUGGAAGGGGUGGUCACCGUGCAGCGCCUCGUGCGGCGGGGGGAUUCAGGCUCGGGAACUCGACGACUGCUGCCACCUCUGCGUGACGAGAGUGGAGGCUCGGUCCUGUAAUCAGGAGGAUUGUUCUGUAAGUGUCAAUGGUUACUGGGGCGAGUGGUCUGGGUAUGGCGACUGCAGCGCCACAUGUGGUGGAGGAAUUCAACUGAGAACGAGGUCAUGUGACAGACCCUCCCCAACAGGUCAAGGUCGUCCAUGUCCCGGACAGUCCACGGAAAUCCGGACAUGUAAUGAACACGGUUGUCCAGUCAAUGGAAAUUGGAGCGAAUGGUGUGAGUGCCCAUCUAAGUGCAGCGUAACUUGUGGAGGGGGAGUGCGCACGCGUACUAGAGUGUGCAGUAAUCCAGCGCCAGCCAAUGGCGGGGCUGAUUGCGUCGGACCUAGCCAAUUAGAAGAAAGCUGUAAUACACUUCCUUGUGGAGUGGACAGUCGCUGGUCACCAUGGUCGAAGUGGUCAAGUUGUGACCGCGUAUCAUGUACAACUGUACGUACGCGCACCUGUUUAUCUCUGAACCCACAAAGCGGUCACUGUUUCGGACAGGCGUAUGAAAAGCUGCCAUGUGCUGCAUCAUGCUGUUUCGGAACGUAUCGUCUUGGAUACUCCGCCUCACCUCAAGCGCAGUGCCACCUAUAAUUCUGAAGGGCUGUGACUGUAGGAGGGAAAUGCCCAUUACCAUGUUAAACGUUCGCCAUUUACAAGUUUAUUUAGAUCAAUGAAAUACUUAAUAUCACAUAAGAAAGAGCUAAGAAUUUCAAAGACUUGCCGUCUAAACACAUAAAGCAAUGGGACUCAUAAUAAAGAUAAUGUAUGUUGGGAGUGUGCCAGUAAAAUCUUACAUCAUUUUUGUGUACUGCAUUUACUUUGUUGAUGUCACAUUCACAAGCGAUGAAGUAAAUAUAUUUCACAGCCUGGUUAUUUCAAUUGAUGUACAUGUAGUAAAAAGCAAAGCACUUAUAGAAGAGGGGUAGCUUAAGCCCGCAGUAACCAGUGAUCGACCAAAUGUCAUCCAUCGUUAACCGUAAAAGUGAUAUCUUAUUCACAUUGGACUCUGUGGAUCACUUCAAAGUCGCGAUACGGUAUUUUCAUCGAUGGUUAAGCGAGAUAUUAUUUGCUGUGGCUUGUGAUCAUUGAUUUUAAUUCUUGUGAUGCUCUGGUUGGACCCCACCGCCAUCCUUUCUCUCAGACAAACCCAAACAUUGAAUAGCACUGCAACAUGACACAGUCAGCUGUCAUUAAUUUUUUUAACAUAUCACUCCGUAACAGUGUCAGAGGAUGGAAUGGUGCAAUGUGUUUACUUUAUCGAUAUGUUGAUAAGAAAGUAAUGUCGACGGUCAAAAUUGCUCUAAGA